AUGUCCCGCGCCGCCGCCGCCGCCGCCGCCGGCCGCAACCCGCACCCGGACUUCAAGACGGUCGAGUCGUCCCGUCCCCCGGCGCCCCGGGCCUCGUUCAACGUCACGCAGACAACCGCGCCAGACUGGACGUUUGGCUCCGGCGCAAACACGCCGGAGCCGCCGUCGGCCCACGUCUCCAUCGACCCGUACGAGCCUGGCCGCCCGGCCGUGUUCAACUACAAGCUCCUCAUAUCGGGCAUUGUCCCGCGCCCCAUUGCCUUCUUGUCCACCCGGUCGGGCGACGGGUCGACCAACCUCGCGCCGUUUAGCUACUUCAACAUGGUGAACCACGACCCGCCGCUGUUUGUCGUCGGCUUCGCCAGCUCCGUUGCUUCGGCCAAGGAUUCUCUCAGAAACCUGCUCGAGUCCAAGGAGUGCGUCAUCAAUGUCAUCUCGGACUCGUUUGUCGAGGCUGCCAAUUCGACCAGCAUCGACGCGCCGUACGGCACCUCGGAAUGGGAUGUUAGUGGGCUGACUGCGGAGGAGUGCGACGUGGUCAAGUGCCCGCGGGUCAGGGAGGCCGUGUUUAGUGUGGAGGCGAAACUCGACAUGGUGAAGGAGUGGGAGAGCAGGGUUUCCGGCCAGAAGACAGGGGUCAUGGUGGUAUUGGAAGGGGUCCGAUUUUGGGUGAGGGAGGACGCUGUCAAUGAGGAUAGAAACAUGAUCGAUCCUGCGGUUUUGAGACCCAUUGGAAGGAUGGGGGGCAUCACGUAUAGCAGAACGAAUGAGGCCUUUGAGUUGCCAAGACCCAAGUUUGAGGAAGAUCUUGGCGGACAUCAAGGGCUGGAGAGGAUCAAAACUCAAAAGUGA